GUCGUCGCCUGUCCCCGUUUUAACACUCUUUUUCUUUUUUGCAAUUUCUUUGCAAGUUUUCAGUUUUAGUUCUCACUGUUAGCCUUCUUUUUUUGACCAAAGAAAAACUGUAUCAUCAUCUUUUUGCCCCUUUUCUUCUUUGUAAUUGACCAUCAAGAUCCAGCAUUUGAUAUCCUCAACUGGGUUCCUUACAUUUUGCUUUUUAACUCGGGAGAAAUUGGAUUUGUUCUUGCAAUGGAUUUUUCGGGGUUGCAAACUAGUCUAUAGAGAUCUUAAAUGUUUCAGUCAACUGCUUAAUUAGGACCUUCGAUUGUUGCGGUUAUGACUGGGCCUCUCACCAAGAUGGCUUUGGAUAACAGAGAUCUUACUACCUUUGCUGCUAUUUUGAUCUACUUGGUCUUGAGCUGUGCUGUUUGCUCUGCUGUUCAAAGCGACAUUGACUGUCUGAAAUCUAUAAAAGAUUCAUUUGAAGAUCCAUUGAAAUUCUUGAACACAACAUGGCAGUUCGAUAAUCAGACCGAAGGUUUCAUCUGCAAGUUUGCUGGGAUUCAGUGCUGGCAUCCUGAUGAAACCAGGGUUCUGAGUAUCAGUCUUCCUGACAUGGGUCUCAAGGGCAAGUUUCCACGUGGUCUUGAGAAUUGCACCUCUAUUACAUCAUUAGAUCUUUCGAGCAACAAUCUCCAUGGAAGUAUUCCAACUAAUAUCUCCAAAAUUAUACGUUUUGUGGUAACGCUGGAUCUCUCAUCCAACAAUCUAUCAGGGGAUAUCCCAGUUAAUCUUGCAAACUGCUCUUUUUUGAAUAGCCUUAGACUUGACCACAACCAGUUUACGGGUCAAAUUCCUCCAGAAAUUGCCCUGCUUGGUCGGCUCAAGAAUUUUAAUGUAGCAAACAAUCAAUUGUUCGGACCAGUCCCACGUUUCAUAAAUUCAACUUUUCCUGCAGAGAGCUAUGCCAAUAAUGCCGGACUGUGUGGACCACCAUUACCUCUUUGUAAGGGUAAUGCUAAGCAACCCCAUACUGGAAUCAUUGUUGGUGCAGCUGUUGGUGGGGUGACUUUAGGUGCUGUAUUAUUGACCAUUGGUAUGUUCUUCUAUAUGAGAAAGAUAUCCAGGAAGAGGAAAAAGGAAGAUGAUCCUGAAGGGAAUAAAUGGGCGAAGAGUAUUAAGGGUUCCAAGGCAAUCCAGCUUUCAAUGUUUGAGAAAUCUACUUCAAAAAUGAGAUUAAGUGAUCUCAUGAAGGCCACCAACAACUUCAGCAAGAACAAUAUUAUUGGGUCAGGAAGAACCGGGACAUUCUACAAAGCAGUACUUGAUGAUGGCACUUCACUUAUGGUUAAGAGGUUGCAGAAUACUCAACACUCAGAGAAAGAGUUUACAUCCGAGAUGGCUACGUUGGGAAAUGUAAAGCACUGUAACCUGGUGCCUCUUUUAGGUUUCUGCAUGGCGAAAAAAGAAAGGCUGUUGGUCUACAAAGAUAUGUCAAAUGGCACCUUGUAUGAUAGGUUGCAUUUGGUGAGUGAAGGGGAAAAAACUCUUGAGUGGCCUAUGAGAAUGAAAAUCGCCAUUGGAGCAGCCAAAGGAUUUGCAUGGCUUCACCACAACUGCAAUCCUCGUAUCAUCCACAGAAAUAUUAGUUCUAAAUGCAUCUUGCUGGAUGUGGAAUAUGAACCUAAAAUAUCGGAUUUUGGACUUGCUAGGCUCAUGAAUCCAGUUGACACUCAUUUGAGUACCUUUGUAAAUGGGGAAUUCGGGGACUUUGGUUAUGUUGCACCUGAGUACGCACGAACUCUCAUGGCUACACCAAAAGGUGAUGUGUACAGUUUCGGUGUUGUACUUCUCGAGUUAGUUACAGGUGAGACACCAACUUCUGUCGCCAAAGCUCCCGAGACCUUUAAGGGGAAUUUGGUGGAAUGGAUCACACAACUCUCUGGUGAAUCUAAGCUUCAAGACGCGAUUGACCAUUCUUUGUCUAGUAAAGGUUAUGACAGCGAGAUCUUCCAGGUCCUUAAAGUUGCUUGUCGAUGUGUGUUGCCUGCUGCUCCUAAGGAGAGGCCAACAAUGUUUGAACUGUACCAGCUUCUGAGAGCCAUCGGAGAGCGAUAUCAUUUCACCACUGAUGAUGACAUUAUGAUGCCUGAGAGUGAUAGCGGAUUCCAAAUGGACGAGCUCAUUGUUGCUCAAUAAGUAAACGAGGCCCUUCGAUAAUGGUUGAGUAAGAUACAAUAAUUACUAGAUCAUUUUCUAUCCUGUACAAAUACCACGGUUCACUAUCUAUAUAGAUCAUUCUAUUUCUACUGUAAGUCCCUUAUUCAUAGCUACCCAACUAUGUAAUUUGUGCUUCUUUUUCUGUAUUUUUAAUGGUGAAGAGAUUUCUACA